AUGUAAAAAUCUUGGGAAACCUUAUGUAAGAAUCUUAGAAGUCCAUUCUUAUAGCAUUUUUUAGAUAUUUAAACACUUAUUGAUGAACUUAGUCAAUAAAUUGAUUAAACAUAGAUUUGUCAUGAAAUUGCAAUUCAAAUUUAAGAAAUGAUAUCUUAAAUAGUUUAGAUGUAAAUUUAUAUAAUAAGUUUAGUAUAGAUAUUGAACAUUAACAUUUACUUGAUGGAUUUGAAUAGAGUGUUUUAUUAUUUGCAUAAAUUGAUUAAGAGGACAGAGUCAAAUAGUUUGAAACAUUAAAUCUCAUAUAAGAGUUAUUUAAUAAAUUAGCAUUAUCAUAUUUUUAUAGUGAUGAUCUAAUAAAUGAAAAGAAAGUANCUUCCAUCUCUUGA